GCUUCAGUUUCCUUCUUGACACCCUGACAUCAUCACUACCAUGGAAAUUCCACUCAUUCUCCUGUGCCCCCACCUCUCUUCCAGGCCUCAGAGUCUCUAUAAAGAGGGGUUCCCAACUCAGUAUCAGCACAGGACACAGCUGGGUUCUGAAGCUUCUGAGAUCUCCAGUCUCAGUCUGCGAAAACCUUUCUUCCACCAAGACCAUGAAGCUCUGCGUGACUGUCCUCUCUCUCCUCAUGCUAGUGGCUGCCUUCUGCUCUCCGGCGCUCUCAGCACCAAUGGGUUCAGACCCUCCCACUGCCUGCUGCUUUUCUUACACCUUGAGGAAGCUUCCUCGAAGCUUUGUGACAGAUUACUACGAGACCAGCAGCCUCUGCUCCCAGCCAGCCGUGGUAUUCCAAACCAGAAAGGGCAGACAAGUCUGUGCCAACCCCAGUGAGUCCUGGGUCCAAGAGUACAUGGAUGAUCUGGAACUGAACUAAGGUGUUCCAAGUUCAGGGCAGGACAUCUUCAGAGAAGGUCACCUGAGCCCGGAUGCUUCUCAGUGAACUGCACUUUCUCCAUACUCAUGACUCCUCUUAGUAUUUCUGGUCCCUUCUCUUAAUUUAAUCUUCAUUAUGUGUUGUAUUAUUGUAUUUGAUGUUGACUUUAUUAUUUAUGUUUGUCUUGCCAAAGGUCACAUGUCCCCUAUGGGGACGAGUCGUCAUCUUUGUUUCUCUGCUAUUGAGAAUUCAUGGAUGAUGCAGUUGAUUCCAUGUCUUUUCAUAAUAAAACCUUUUUUUUUUGAAAUGUA